UCCUUCCUCAACCUUUCCUUUCUCCCCCUUUGUUUUUCUAUUCGCUCUAGGGUUUGAAACUGUUUAUGGUUUAAUUUUGUUUAUUUAAUUGAGUUCAUUUUAAUACUGAUUAAUUCCCUUGGAUCGAAAUAAUUAUAUUUUUUCAGGCUUCCUGUUUGUUAUAUCAACAUGGCUGGUUUGGACUUCGCCCCUCAUCUCAACCUCCCCGAAUCCGAAGAGAAUAAUGAAUCAAACCCCAACCAAUUCUCCGGCGACAACAACUCCUCCGGGGACAUGGCGGGGCGGCGCCCCCGGGGCCGGCCCCCGGGGUCGAAGAACAAGCCGAAGCCGCCGGUGAUCAUCACCCGGGAGAGCGCCAACACGCUCCGGGCCCACAUCUUCGAGGUCGCCAGCGGCUGCGACGUCUUCGAUGCUGUCGCCACCUACGCGAGGCGGCGCCAGCGAGGCGUCUGCGUCCUCAGCUGCACCGGCACCGUCACCAACGUCAGCCUCCGCCAGCCCUCCGCCGGCGGCGGCGUCGUCACGCUCCACGGCCGCUUCGAGAUCCUGUCUCUCUCCGGCUCCUUUCUCCCCCCGCCGGCGCCGCCGGGGGCCACCAGCCUGACCAUCUACCUCGCCGGCGUGCAGGGCCAGGUGGUUGGUGGGAAUGUCGUCGGAGCGUUGAUUGCUUCCGGCCCGGUCACAAUCAUCGCUUCCUCUUUCACCAACGUCGCGUAUGAGCGGCUGCCGUUGGAGGAGGAGGACGGGAUCCAGAUGCAGCCUCCGCCUCAGCAUCUUAACAUCGGAGGCGGAGGUCAGUUUCCGGAUCCGGGGCAGCCAUUCUUGAAUUUGCCGCUGAAUAUGGUUAACGGUCAACUCCCAUUGGACGGAGGCGGAGGCGGUGCAUGGGCCGGAAACGCUGCCGGGGGAGGCCGGCAGCAGUUCUAGUGGUCAUAAUUAAUUAAGGUCAGAAUAUAUCACCAUUUUCACAAUUAGAACAAUUUUAUCAUUUUCAUCAGCAUAAAACUUCAAUUAUCUUGUAAAUUUAGGUCACAAUUAUCGUUUUUUUAUGGUGUUUCUUGCCAACGUACCUAUUGAUUUGCGAGUGAUUCGAAGGGGAAAAAAAUUUGCUUGGGAAAUA